AUGGUUCUUUUCGAAGGCAGCCUUCAAUUCAACCACCAAGACCACGUUCUAAUCCAUCUCCAAGGUCACCUCCACCAAGACCACGUCCUAAUCCAUCUCCAAGGUCACCUCCACCAAGACCACGUCCUAAUCCAUGUCCAAGGUCAUCUCCACCAAGACCACGUCCUUAUCCAUCUCCUAGGUCACCUUCGCCAAGACCACCAAGACCACGUCCUAAUCCAUCUCCUAGGUCAACUCCACCAAGACCACGUCCUAUUCCAUCUCCAAUGUCACUUCCACCAAGACCACGUCCUCAUCAAUCUCCAUGGUCACCUCCACCAAGACCACGCCCUAAUCCAUCUCCUAGGUCACCUCCACCAAGACCACCAAGACCACGUCCUAAUCCAUCUCCUAUGGCCACAUUUACCAAGACCACGUCCUAAUUCAUCUCCUAGAUCACCUCCACCAAGACCACGUCCUAAUCCAUCUCUUAGGUCACCUCCACCAAGACCACGUCCUAAUCCAUCUCUUAGGUCACCUCCACCAAGACCACGCCCUAAUCCAUCUGCUAGGUCACCUCCACCAAGACCACCAAGACCACGUCCUAAUCCAUCUCCUAUGGUCACCUUUACCAAGACCACGUCCUAA